CAGCAAUAGAGAUGAGAAAUUCUGAAGAACAGCCAAGUGGAGGAACCACGGUGUUGCAGCGUCUGCUACAAGAGCAGCUUCGCUAUGGCAAUCCUAAUGAGAAUCGCAACCUGCUUGCCAUACACCAGCAAGCCACAGGGACUGUCCCUCCUUUCCCCAGUGGCAGUGGAAACUCAGGUCCUCAGAAUGAUGUGUUGAGUCCCCAAGACCAUCACCAACAGCUUGUGGCACAUGCUGCUAGACAAGAACCCCAAGGGCAGGAAAUUCAGUCAGAAAAUAUCAUCAUGGAGAAGCAACUUUCCCCUCGAAUGCAGAAUAAUGAAGAACUCCCAACCUAUGAAGAAGCCAAGGUCCAGUCCCAGUACUUUCGGGGCCAACAGCAUGCCAGUGUUGGAGCUGCCUUCUAUGUCACUGGAGUCACCAACCAGAAGAUGAGGACGGAGGGACGCCCAUCAGUUCAGCGCCUCAAUCCUGGGAAGAUGCACCAGGAUGAAGGACUCAGAGACCUUAAGCAAGGACAUGUCCGUUCUUUGAGUGAACGACUAAUGCAGAUGUCACUGGCCACCAGUGGAGUUAAGGCCCAUCCACCUGUUACCAGCGCUCCACUCUCUCCACUACAACCCAAUGACCUCUACAAGAAUCCCACAAGUUCCAGUGAAUUCUACAAGGCCCAAGGGCCUCCCGGCCAGCAUAGCCUGAAGGGCAUGGAACACCGAGGCCCCCCACCAGAGUAUCCCUUCAAGGGCAUGCCACCCCAGUCUGUAGUGUGCAAGCCCCAAGAGCCAGGGCACUUCUAUAGUGAGCAUCGUCUGAACCAGCCAGGGAGAACAGAGGGGCAACUGAUGAGGUAUCAGCAUCCCCCUGAGUAUGGAGCAGCCAGGCCAACACAGGACAUCUCAUUGCCUUUGUCGGCCAGGAACUCUCAACUCCACAGCCCUACUUCUUCCCUCACGUCUGGGGGUUCCUUGUCCUUGCUGCAGUCUCCACCAUCCACUAGAUUAUCUCCUGCUCAACAUCCAUUGGUCCCAAACCAAGGAGACCACUCGGCUCACCUUCCUAGGCAGCAGCAACAUUUCCUUCCUAAUCAGACUCACCAGAGUGAUCUUUACCGUCUCACCCAGCCGGGCCUGAGUCAGCAGCAGCAGCAACACCACCACCACCAUCACCAGCAGCAGCAGCAGCCACAGCCAGGAGAAGCCUAUUCAGCUAUGCCUAGGGCUCAGCAGUCUUCUGCUUCUUAUCAGCCAAUGCCGGCAGACCCUUUUGCCAUUGUUUCCAGAGCCCAGCAGAUGGUUGAGAUCCUCUCAGAAGAGAACCGGAACUUGCGGCAGGAGUUGGAAGGAUGCUACGAGAAGGUGGCAAGACUGCAGAAGGUGGAGACAGAAAUCCAACGUGUCUCGGAGGCAUAUGAGAACCUUGUGAAGUCAUCCUCCAAAAGAGAAACCUUGGAGAAAGCCAUGAGAAACAAGCUUGAAGGGGAGAUUCGAAGGAUGCACGACUUUAACAGGGAUCUGAGAGAGCGUCUGGAGACUGCCAACAAACAGCUUGCGGAGAAAGAAUACGAGGGGACAGAGGAUACCAGAAAAACCAUCUCUCAGCUCUUUGCAAAAAAUAAGGAGAGCCUACGGGAGAAGGAGAAGCUGGAAGCCGAGCUGGCCACUGCCCGUUCUACCAACGAGGACCAAAGAAGACACAUCGAAAUCCGAGACCAGGCCCUGAGUAAUGCCCAGGCUAAGGUGGUAAAGCUGGAGGAAGAGCUUAAAAAGAAGCAGGUGUAUGUAGAUAAGGUGGAGAAGAUGCAGCAGGCCCUUGUACAGCUCCAGGCAGCAUGUGAAAAGCGUGAGCAGCUGGAACACCGUCUCCGGACACGACUGGAGAGAGAACUGGAAUCCCUCAGAAUUCAACAGCGCCAGGGAAACUCUCAGCCCACCAACGUUUCAGAAUACAAUGCUGCUGCACUGAUGGAGCUCCUUCGUGAAAAGGAGGAAAGGAUCCUGGCCCUGGAAGCUGAUAUGACUAAGUGGGAACAAAAGUACUUAGAGGAGAACGUGAUGAGACAUUUUGCUCUGGAUGCUGCUGCAACUGUAGCUGCUCAGAGGGACACAACAGUCAUCAGCCACUCUCCUAACACCAGCUAUGACACAGCUCUCGAAGCUCGCAUCCAGAAGGAGGAGGAAGAAAUCUUGAUGGCCAACAAGCGUUGCCUUGAUAUGGAGGGCAGGAUUAAGACCCUCCAUGCCCAGAUUAUUGAGAAGGAUGCCAUGAUCAAAGUACUCCAGCAGCGUUCCCGGAAGGAGCCUAGUAAGACAGAGCAGCUAUCAUCCAUGCGGCCAGCAAAGUCUCUGAUGUCCAUUUCCAAUGCUGGAUCGGGUUUGCUCUCCCACUCUUCCACCCUGACUGGCACCCCCAUCAUGGAAGAGAAGCGGGAUGAUAAGAGCUGGAAAGGGAGCCUAGGCAUUCUCCUGGGUGGAGACUACCGUGCAGAAUCUGUCUCUUCUACACCCUCACCUGUGCCACCCUCCACUCCCCUGCUCUCAGCUCACUCUAAGACGGGCAGCCGAGACUGCAGCACCCAAACAGAACGGGGAACUGAAGCAAACAAAACUGCAGCUGUUACUCCAAUCUCUAUUCCUGCUACAGUUGCUGCCGCCAUCACUGCCAAUGCUGCCACCAACACCACCACCAUGGUAGCUGCUGCUCCAGUGGCUGUUGCUGCUGCUGCUACUCCAUCUCCAGCAACUGCUACUGCUGCUCUUGCUGCUGCUGUUUCUCCAGCUGCUGCUGUUCAGAUUCCAGCUGCUGCCUCUGCUGUUUCUGCCUCUAUUGUUGCUCCUGUUUCUGCUGCUGCUGCUGUUCAGGUUGCUCCAGCUGCUCCAGCUCCGGCUCCAGCUCGGGCUCCAACUCCUGUUCCGGCUCCAGCAGCAGCUCAGGCUUCUGCUCCAGCUCUGACUCAGACACCGACUCCAUCUCCAGUUGCAGCUGCUACUCCAGCUCCAGCUCCAACUCCAUCUUUGGCUCAGGCUGAGGCUCCUACAACUCCAGCCACUGCUUCUGGACCACGGCGCUUGUCUAUACCUAAUUUGGCCUGUAAUCCAGACAAGACAGAUGGUCCCGUUUUCCACUCCAGUACUCUGGAAAGAAAAGCUGCUGCUCAGAUCCUGGGACAAGAGCCUGAUGCAGAAAUGGUGGAAUAUCUCAUCUAAAUGUCCUAAUCAAGAGCUAUAGUUUCUCAGCAAGAAUGCUCUUAAUGAUUUUUCCCUUUUGUUGUUGUUAUUUUGAGGGUGAGCACAAGGGAUUGGGGGAAUGCUUUUUAAAGGGACUUUUUAAUUGAGACAUUAUAGUACCUACGCAAUGCCAUAUGAAUUCCAGUCUAUUUUGGUGCACUUAGAGAGUACCUCUAAAGACAAAUCAAUCAGAGUAUGCUCUAAAGGUUAUCAUUUGGAUUUAUACAAAUACUGGGACUGUUAAUAGCUGGAUAUUCACCAAUGUUUUGCAAUGUGCUUAAAAUUUUUUGGCAUUUCCAUAUUCCAGAUCAUUUUUUAUUGGAGAGCACAGUAUGUUUGGAAGACAGUGUGUAAAAGGUAGUUCAGAAAUGGGAGGCCGGAGAGAAUUUGCACAUGUGAUGUUUUGCAGAGUUACCAUCUAGGCAGCAUCCAGAGAGAGAGCUCUUACCUUGGACUUAUGAAAAGGAAUAGUUCUUGGAGCCAUGUAAACUGGAGGAAAGGUAGGGAGUAUUGGGGUGUGGAAGGGUGCUGGAGCUUAUUUUCCCUUCCAAUUUCCCAGCUACCCUGUGCCAGGGGAUUGUUUUUAUCUUCAUUUCAGUGGUGCUUUGGAAGUCGAUUCUUUUGGUACCCUCUUGGAGGUUCAUACAUUCAUAUAUAUACUCUGGAAUAAUUUAUGCAUUUGGGUAAUUAAUAUAUUGCUUUCAGCCACUAGGAGAGUUAAAUUAGCUGAAACUUCCUCUCUCUUAGAGAGUUAAACCACCGGAGGCCUUCAUGGAGAGUUGCAUGAGGUGCUUGCUGAAUGUAGACCUUUGUGGUCUGUGUCUAGCCAUGAACAGCUUGCUUGCCUUUCCUGAGACCAUUCUGCUUAGUGUAUAUUUCUUCUUCAGCACAGAUUCACUGGCUGUGUCACCAGUCUCAAAUUGUCAAUUAUUUGCAAAACGAGGAAGCACUUUUGGUGACAGGUUGAAUGCUUUGAAUUUCUGGUGACUACUUUGAAAUAACUCAUUUUGUUUCCCAAAUUCUUAGACGUAUUUGACUAUCACCUCCAAGGGAAAAGCAUCAGAAACCCAGAGUACUGUGCUGUAGUCAGGGGAGAGGUGGGCUGCAGCAGAGUCCUCAGCUACCUCUUUUCAUGGCCAGUGACUCCAUCUUGGAAUACUUUUGGAGAGCAGUAGGAAAUGUACAUGUGGGCAGGGACCAAGGAGGCCAUGACUCCAAGCUUUGCCUAAGGGCUGCCUCCAGAAACACAGAAGGACUGCUCAUUUCCAUAAGUCCCUGCUCUGUGUCAUUUAUCUACCCUUUAUUAAGAUGAUAAAUCUACAAUCAAUGUCAUUAAUAUCAGUUUUCAAGGGUUUGGGGGGAGGUGAGGGAAUUGGGGGU